AACUAUGAUGAUUAUAGUAUAGAAGUUUGAUAUAAAAACGUAAGAUUCAAUUUUUUUUCUUCUAACAUAAGAUUUAACUGAUAAUUGUCUAAAGUAUAAAAAAAAGAAACAAAAUUAUGACAAGACUAAUUCUUUUUUUGUGUGCAACUUUUUUCAUCAGUUCUAUUUAUGGAAAAUCAGUUGAGGAACAAAUAAAAAAAUUGAAAAAUGAUUCAUUUUCAAAAUUAGAAAGAGUUAUACAAAAGUUUGAUGAAGCAAAGAAUGAAUUAAAUGAAGAAAUUGGUAAAAAUAAAUUAGAACUUGAAGAGGGAAUAAAUCGUAAAUUUAAAUUAGCAAAUAAUCAAUAUACUAAAAUAAUAGAAGAGGUAAAAUAUCAAACUUCACAUUUUGAAGAUUGUGCAAAAUUAACAGAUAUUAUUGAAAAAGAAAUACCUAAUGAAUUAAAUGAAUAUUCCACUUGUUUAAAAGGAUUAAAUAAACUUCAUGAGAUUACUAUUCAAUAUGUUAAUUACAGUUUAAAUACGAUUUUAGAACAAAUAAAUAAAAUUCAUGUGGAAGCGACAAUUUGUGUGCGUGACUCAAAAAAUGAUUAUUCUGCAUUAGGCAGUGGGACUUGUCUUAACAAGAUUCUUGAUGACACAGAGCAAUUGGAAUAUUGGUAUAAAUCCUCUGUUCCAAUAAAAAAAACAUUAUACAGAAAUUCUUACAUCGAAACUUACAAUCGCUUACCAACACUUUGUUCAAUUUCAAUAAAAGAUAGUACCACUAUUGUGAAUCAAGUUCAUUCAUGUCUUGUUGAUGACAGAAUUGAAGAUUUGUCAUAAAAAUAAUUACAAGAAAAUAAAAUAAAAUUUUUUUUUCAAUUUAUGUAAUAUAAAAAUUACUUUUCAUAAAAAUAUUUUAGGUUUUAAUUUUUUCUCUUAAGAAAAUUUUUCUAAAUUCAAAAAUAGAUAAUUAAAAUAUUUCCAUUUUCAAUAAAUAAAUUAGGUUAUUUGAAUUUUUAAAUUAAAACAUAUAUUUAAACAAAUCGAUAAAAAAAAUAUAUAUAUUUCGAGGCAAAAAAAUUGAAUAUUAUAUUAUAGAGAAAUUAUUUUUAAACAAUACUUUUUUCAAGUAUAUAUUGUGUAACUCAAUAAAUAUUUAAAUACUA